AUACAACGGUCAUUCCAAACGUUGUAGAGAGUAGAAUGACCAUUCUAUAGAUUUUGUUAUUACUUAUUCUAAAAUCAUUGUAAUCAUUCCACAGAGGAACGAAAUUAUUCCAGUGAUGUCAAUUCAUGAGAAGUAGGAAGGAUAAGGAGAACGAGUUUCGAACGUUCUGGCACAGAAGAAAAUGCACAAGGUGUAGAGAAAUGCAAGCAACUAACAUGAAUGAGGAAGAAUGACAGGAAGAGGAAGUUGUCGCCUUCGCUAUUAUUUUGAUUUGUUUGAUGUUGUCGGAUUCGCAGAAGCCAACAUCAACUUCAAAAUCUCAAAGGCCGGCUGGAGAUAAACACUAAGCAAUCGAUAUUCACCUUCAGUCAACCGCAAGGCCUUCAUUGCAUUUCAUUAAUAUUUAUUCUAACUCUUUUGCCUCGACGUUUACGCUUCUCACUCCAUUUCUACUCUUUUCUCUUCAACUCUUUCAUCUUCCUCUUCUUUUUCACUCUUCUUCUUCCAUGGUGUCCUGCUUCUCUCUCUGCAACUUCCCCCACUUUAACUACUCACAAUGUUUUGGGUUAGAUACCAGGCGAACAAUAAACAUGAAUGCAUUCUACUCAUCAAAGAGUAACCUUUCACAUGAUUUUUUAAUGAAGUGCCAUAGUUCUGCAAGUCGUGUAUCGUUGAGGGCAUUAAUUUCUACCUCUGCUUCAAAGCAAACCAGUAGUGAGAAUGUGGUUCCUACGGCUAAAACUGAAGGUCAUGAAAUGGAAUUUAGUCGGGUGAAUUGCCUUGUUUGGCUAUUGCAUGAAUCCGCCAGGAGCUUUUCGCUUGCUGUUGAGUCACUUGGAUUGGCCAGAAGCGGUACUGAGCUUGCAAUGGCUUGGAAUGGGAAGGAUGUGAACGAAUGGCGUAAACGUAUUGCUUAUAGAGUAGCAAUUUAUGCUUUGUUAAAAGUGGCCAUUGAAGUGGAGAUGUUGCUCUCUCAUUAUCGUCACAACAAUGCAGCUCCUGUUAAUGACAUCUUGGCCCCUGAGAUAAAUGCUAUGGGAGAGUACAUUGAAAGUCAAUUGAGCAUAAGGCAUUCAGAAUUGGUACAAUGGUUUAGAAUAGUGGAAUUACCUCGUAUUGAAGGAUUUUUCAGUUCUCUAUUAAAGAAGUGGUCUGUGGAAUAUGCAGGAAGUGGUGUUGCAGGGAUUAUUUUGGCGAUAAGCUGCUGCGCUGCAGUAGGCAAACUGGGUCCUGAGCGCAUUUCCUAUCCCACAUUUAGAAUCUCAAUUGAAGAUGUAUCAGUAGAGCUAAUGAAUAUUUCAUGUAGUUUUGUAUCAGUGGACAGGCUGCAUCACUUAGCAACUGAGGCCGGAAUUGAACCUGACUUGCUAUCUCACUUUGGUAAAAAGGUUUUUCUGGACAAAAACACUGAGGAACUUGAAUUUUGGAUUGGAGUAGCUCAUAAGAAGCUGUCAGUUGCAUUCUACAGAGAAGGCUUGCUUUGUGGGACCAAAAAUUUACAUGAAAAGGUUCAGACAGAUAGUUUGGCUACAUUAGGACUUUUUGCAUAUCUGGGAAGGAUGACUAGAUUACUCUUAUCAAGUAAAGGCAUAAAGGAUGUUGAUGAGAUGGUUAAGGACUUCCUCAGCUAUCUGGAGUGUGGCAUUCUUUUCAUUUACCCAGACUUUUCUUCCAUAUCAGUGUAUCAACAAUUCAUGGAGAUAGUAUCUGAGGAAAUUGGCUGGCUUGACUUUUAUGCUGCAUUUCCUUCCUCGUGCCGUCGAGAGAGAAGGUUCAAGCAUCAUGCUAUUCAAGCGGAGAAAGAAAUUAUUCUAUCAUAUGUUUUCUCUGUUUGCUAUGAUGUGUUCUCCGGGUUUGCUCACUUCAAUCGUUCUACUCAACAAACCUUAGAUUCAUAUUCGCUAGCCUUCUUACUCCAAAGCCAAAGUCUGCUUACCAUUUGUCUAGAUGACUACUGGGCUGCAUUUGAUCGAUCAAGUAAUGGGCUGCUAAAGAUUGCAGAAACAGGUCCCUCUGACCACAUGCCUUCAGUUGGAACUAAAGGCACAACCAAGCUCUCUGCUCCACUUGAGGAAAAACAAAAGCACAAUGAGUUGCUGACACACAGAAAUAUUGAGAAUAAAUCUCAACAUCCAUUGAAUGUGAAAAAGGCCAGGAGCUCAGCUGGGGCAGGUGCAAUAGACUUUAUGCAGGAAACCAGCAGUGGCAAAAGCAAUGCAAUGCAGGAGAGCUUAAUACAGAAAUACAGCAUCAAGGAUGUAUGGUUGGGUACUCAAUUACUCCUUUUUGACAUAUCGAUGUCUCUAGAGUUACUCCUGAAGCGGUUGUGUGGUUACAAGGUUACAAUGAGAGAACGGAAGAAGUUGAAAAGAACCCUAAAUGACAUUGUUACACUCAUCCCAAUUACGAUUAUAAUGCUACUUCCUGUAUCAGCUGUAGGCCAGGCUGCAAUGCUAGCAGCUAUCAAUAAGUAUAUGCCAUCUAUGAUCCCUUCUCCAUAUUCUUCUGAGCGGCUGAAUGUUGUGAAACAAUUAGAGAGAAUUAAGAAGAUGGAAGUUCAGUCAUGGGGAAACCUGGAAGAUCCUUCCACAAUGUCUUAAGUGAUUGUUCAUACUAACCCUGUUGUCUGACAAUUUUGUGCAAUAGCUUCGUAUUCUUUGCUAUAUGUACAAAAUCUUGAAAAGUUCUUCACUUCACCUUCAAAUUUUGCAUAUAUUUUGAUGCAUAGAUAUACACAACGCCAAGAAUCAUUAUGGAACUCUCUGUAUUUACAGCUUGUCAAAGUUAUUCUUGUUCAUCAACACUUUGAUUCAAAUGAAUUUGGAGAUUCACUUAUGAUAAA